AUGAGCACAGCGUUCUUUUCUCCAAUGACCCUCACGACUAUCGAUCAUAUGAUGCCAAUCUGCUAUAUCACAUUCAUCUACACGUUGAAUGCGAAAGACGUCGAUCAAGGGAUAGAGAUCCUUAGAGGAGCUAUCAAUCGUUUAGUAGAGGACUGUCCCGUUCUCGCAGCUAACGUAGGUCGUGCCAGCGCAGCUGAAGAUAAUCGGAAAAAUGUGCUGGAGAUUCAACCCUCGUCGAAGGAGACACUCGUACAGUACCCACUGUUGCAAGUCAGUCGACAUCAAGCUCAGUCGACUAUAGGGCACUCCCCAAAAGAUCAUCUGUCGGACGAGAGAAGUUUCUUUGCACUGCACCCUUCCAUAGCUAGGCACUUCCCAUGUCCUAUCAUCCGUUGGCGGGCUACUGUUGUUUCCGAUGGAAUACUUGUGGCCGUAACCUUUCAUCACUCCGUUCUAGAUGCAGGUGGCUUCUACACAGUACAAGAUGCGCUGGCCCGUAUAUGCCGGAACAUUAGUGAACCAAACCCGGAUCCCAAUCUCAGAAAUGCUCUCCACGAAGGCCGGACUCGUCUCAAUGCAAUUAGAUUGAGGGGAGAUCCUAUGAAAAGUCGCCACCGAGAGCAUGAAUUAGUUGGCCGCAUGGCUGACUUUGACCUGCCACCUCCCUUGGUCAGCGAGCGAAUCACACUUCAAUCCCAGAAAAUUCAAUAUUUACGGAGAUGGUGCAGCACCUCCUAUACUGCCAACACUCAUGCAAAGCAGCCAAGCGAAGACCUGACAUCCAACGACGUGAUAUCUGGUCUGCUUUGGCAGUGUAUCACAGCCGCGCAGUGGCAGAAAAUGGCAACAUGCGAUCAUUCAGAGAGCUCUUUGGUGCUGAUCAGCGACGUGCGUCACAAGUUGAGACCUGGAGUCCCAGCUUCCUACCUAGGAAACUGCAUUGUUCAGAAAUUGGUGAAAAUGAAGGCAGAGUUACCGCCGGCAGAUUUGCAGUCUGGGAAAGAGGCAUUACUCCAGGAGCUCCAGCUUUACGCAAGAAGCGUCAGCAAGGCGUCGAAGAAGGUGACGGAUAAUUUCGUGAAGACUUUGAUGCUGCAAAAAUACGAGGCAAGGAACUGGAGCCCUCGAUUCAUGCAAGGAGAUGUGACAUCAACGAGCCUCCGACGGAUGCCCAUCUACAAUCUCGACUUUGGAUCCGUCCUUGGUCGAGUAGCGGGCUUUGAUGUUGUGGAUGACCGAAUUGAUGGCACUGUGUGCAUACUGCCUGCAUGCUCAACCUCAAAUAGCAACCACUGGGAACUCAGAAUCACGCUCGCCGCGGACGUGCUCAAGCAAGUGCGAAGGCACCCUUUACUGUUGUGGGCGAUGGAAGGAUCUGCAGUGGAACCUCGACUUUAG